AAAUGUUCCGGCUUGAAUGCAAAUCAUUGUGCGGCAGAAGUUCCAGCACGGGAUUGUUUGCGUUCAUUUCCUUAAACGUGCUUGUCUUAAAACAAUUGAUUUUUUUCCUAUAUAUGUAGUUUGCGCUUUAUGAUGGAAUGUAUUGUAAUUAGGGCUGGGCAUUGAAUCCAAAUUGAAUCAUGAUUUGGAUUUUGCUUCCUCAUGAUCUAAAAAACUAUUUUUGAAAAAAAAACGAUCGACUUGCCGAUUGUAAUUUCCGACUCAAAACGUGCCUGACAAAUGUUCCUUUUUUUUCAUUUAGCUACGACUCCAAGAUACUUUACAUUUCUUGUUUAAUUUGUAGUUGAUCUUUCAAGCUUGAUCUAAAUUUGAGUUUCGGACUCAUUGUGUUUGCUCAUUUCAACAUCAAAAACGGCGCUUAUGACAUUUUCCAUGAUGCUAAUCUUGCGACGGGGGGGUGACGUCAUGGGUGGGCCUGCGCCUGAUGAGUGAAGGACGUGACGCGUACGCCAUAACGACGCCUAUGGAGGCUUUAGGGAAUGUGAGUCGGCCAGCCCUCGUUCGCUCGCUCGCUCGCUCGCUCGCCUUUCUCCGGCUGCCUUUUCGUGUCAGCCGUUGUCGCUCUCUCGCUGGCUGGCUGGCUCUCUCGCUCUCUCGCUCGCUCGCUCGCCUUCCUCUUCCCUCUGCAAUAACAGUGCUGACCUACUUUCCGCUUGUUCAGUGCUGCCUGUGGAAUUUUACAGCGGCCUGCCUCCCCGGCCCGGCCCGGCCGCCUUGCCGCUCGAAAACGCAGGCAGCAAAGCAUGACUGAGGAUUUUUGUCUCCUGGCGUCAUUUGCGCUCUUACGUAGGCUGCGACGCCUCUCAGCAAAUCAGCACUUUUUCCAAAUGGGCCCUCCGGUCUGGAAGACGUCACGGAGCGCGCCGUCGGCGUGGCCUCGUCGCGUGCGGCGCUCGGCUGCGGUUAGAUGGAAAAAUGCAAAGUGGCUCGGCGUUCUAUCCGGUCACGGGAGGCGGGUCGGACGUCAGCUGUGCGGCGGUGGCAGGAAGUAACCCAGCGCAACGGCUUCAGUCCAUUUGUCAAAAUUCGGGUGCUGGUCAUGGUGUCCGGGGUGAAGGAGUGGGACCCCCUCCACGUGGGUCUGAUUCACUCUCCUCUGAGUGAGCGACACCUGGCUUCCGGAUUAGCGCCUCCCUGCUCCUUCACACAUUGCGUCGCCAAGGACGCCACUUGCCGCCGCCGCCGCCAGAGUCAGCGGCAGACGCCUUCCACUCGAGUAAGCGCACAAGUCUUUCCGCCGCCCGGUGGCUCAAACCGGGCCAAACCAGACGCUCGAGGGGAACUCCGCCAGCUGGAGAUGAAGGGGAAAAGGCAGUGCGGUCGAGGAGAAGCCAUGGAGGACAGGCUGGAGAGCGUGACGGACGGACCUAAGAAUGCAAAAAUCACCUUAAGCUUCCCAGUCAGCGCCGGGCCCCUCCCGACCUCGUUGACGUCAUCGGGCUUUUGCCGUAACGCCGCGUCAUCCUCUUCCCCGCACAGGCGCCGGCCUUCCUCCAAGAGCUCCGACGAGGGGUCUCUAUGGAAACUGGACUCCACCAUGGACGUCAAGCACAGACCUUUCAAGCCCCCGAGGCGCGACGGUUCUCCGUCCUCGUCGCCCUCCUCCUCCUCCUCCCCCAUGAGCGCCGCUCACGCGCUGAUCAGGAAGGAUCUCAAAUCCCCGCCUCCGCUCAAGUGCUCCAAAGUCUCUCCGGAGACGCACUUCCACAAGACGGCGCCCGGAUCUUCCAGCUCCUCUUCGGGGGGCAGCGGCGACGGGUGGGACGAAAGACACAAGUUGGCCAACGGCAGCGCUUUGGCCUCGCAAACGGCCCAGAUCCUCUUCAGCCUGGGCGCCUCGGCCUACCAGAGGGGGGGCGGCGGCGGGGACGCCGAGCGGAAGGAGAAAAUAACGGGCCGGCCGGCCGCCAAGCUGGGGAGCCCUCACGGACCCAGCCUGCACCCGCCUACGCUCCACCUCCCGCCCCCUCUGCCGCCGCCCCCUCCUCCCCCGUCCGAGGGGCUGACCGCACCCCCCCACUCCUCCUCCUACUCCCCCGGCGAAAUCCUCAAGCCCGAGCUGAUUUGCGGGGUGUGCCACCGGCUCUUCAGCUCAGCCUCCUCUCUCACUGUCCACAUGCGGCUGCACCGCGGAAGCCGCGCCCUCGGCUGCCGCUUCUGCGGCAAAGUCUUCAUCCACAGCAAGCGACUGCAGUCUCACGAGGCCUCGUGCAGAGCGCCGGGCCUGCCUUCCAGACCGGGCCCGACUCUCGCCGUGCGGCCCAAGGAGGAGCCGCCCGAGGAGGGCCAAGCGCCGGCCGAGAGCGGCGACGCAGACGCCGACCAGGCCGGGCCGGAGAGAAAAGCGGCCGGCCUGCUGGCGCGCAUCCAAGGCGGCGGCGACGACGACGGCGGCGCGGCCGAGGAGGCCGGCGAGCUCCUGGCCGGCGACGAGAGCCAUUUCGUGAAGGUGGUGGACGGCAACGUCAUCUACUUCUGCUCCGUGUGCGAGCGCUCCUACAUGACGCUGUCCAGCCUUAAGCGUCACUCCAACGUGCACUCGUGGCGCCGCAGGUACCCGUGCCAUUACUGCGACAAAGUCUUUGCGCUGGCCGAGUACCGCACAAAACACGAGGUGUGGCACACGGGGGAGCGCCGCUACCAGUGCAUUUUCUGCUGGGACGCCUUUGCUACCUACUACAAUCUGAAAACUCACCAGAAGACCAUCCACGGCAUCAAUCCCGGUCUCAUCUCCAGCGAGAAGACGGCCAACGGCGGCUACAAGCAGAAGGCAAACGCCCUCAAGCUCUACCGCCUCCUUCCCAUGCGCUCGCAGAAAAGACCGUACAAGACUUACAGCGACUCCCUGCAUAACGGACUGCUGAUGUCAUCGGCCGACGCCCCUCCCCUGCCCGGCCUGGGCUGCGCUCUGGGACCCGGAGACCUGCAAGGUUUCAUCAGCGGCGUCAAGCCCGACCCCGACGGCUUUUCCGACGACGUCGCGGCCGCCGACCGCCCCGCCUCGCCGCCCUUUGCUCAAACCGACUCGGCCCGGCCUGACAAACACGACGACGACGACGAGGCCCGCGACUCGGAUCCGCCUCGAAGCGGCUCCAAAAUAUCCAGCGGCGGCAAAAGCAAAAGUCACAAAGCCCAGAGAGGCGGCGAGCCGAGCGGCACGCCCUCCGUCAUCACGUACGGACACGCCAAAGCCUCGGUCAUCGUUCACGGAGCCGCCGUGUCGUCUUCCGUCAUCGUCCACAGCAAGCAGGUCUCCCCUGGAAGUGAACAAAACCAGAACCCUGAAAUCAACGCCAGUCAGAGCUCCCACAAGGGCGGCGGCGCCAAGUCAUCCAAGAGACAACGGGACGGCUCGGACGGCCACAGAAAGCGCUCCCGAGAUACCGAGUCGGUCGGCGGCUCCUCUUUGAAGUCCAGAAAGUCCCUGGGCAAGAACGAGCCGUCAAAGUCGAAGCAGCCGUCGCCGUCGGCGGUCAAAGAGACGGGCCCGCUGUGCCAGAUCACCGUACGUAUCGGCGAGGAGGCCAUCGUCAAGCGCAGCAUCUCCGAGACCGACCUGCGCCGAUCUCCUCCCAAAAGCAAGAAAGGCGAGGCGUCUUCGCAUCACCACAAACAUCACGGCCACCGGCGAGCCAGCCGGGCGCAGGAAGAAGAAGAAAGCAAGGAGGAGGAGGCGGCGGUGGCGGAAAACUCCUCCGACGAGUCCAGGGAGUACAACUUUCGCCAAAAGGUCCGCGAGCAGGACAGCGACCACGACGCCGAGGACAACCUGUGGCGACCCUACUACUCCUACAAGCCCAAGAAAAAGAGCCAGGCGCAGCUGCAGAGGUUCAAAAGCUGGCAGCGAAAGCUCAAGUUUAAGCGAGCUCUGCGGCUCAAGAGGAGAGCGGAAAAGCUGAGAAAGCGGGCCAAAAAGGAGACGGACAAUUCGCAAGAUGACGACAAGCCGGCAGGGGACGAGAGAGAAGCCAAGCAAGCUAAGCUGGGUUGUGGUGAGCUCGCCGCCGCCGCCGCCGCCGCCGCCGCACCUUCGCCGCCAUCCCCCAAGCAGAAGGACCCUCUCGCCGCCGUUGCUCCUUCGGGACCCAAAAAGCGGCCCUGGAGCGACGCCGACGCGGCCGAGUGCGCCACGUGCGGCUGCUGGUUCUCCAGCUCCGGCAAGCGGGACCAACACGAACUCAGUCACCUUCUGGAGUUCAUGUGCCUGUUCUGCCGAGCCACGUUCCCCUCCAGGGACAAAUUGGAAGACCACCAAAGGAUCCAGCACCCCAAGCCCGCCGACACGCCCUCAGCACCCCCGAAAGUGGCCGACGCGCCCAAAGCCGAGGGCGGCGACCAGAAGGACGACCACGUCCACUCCAGUCCGUCCCGCCUGAGCAGGAGAGCGUUGUCGCGGCACACCUGCCCGCAGUGUCACAAAGUGUGCAAGACCUCCUCCGCGCUCAAUCGCCACGUCCGACGUCACGAGCUCAGCACUUCUCCGGAGAGGGAAAAGGAAGAGGACGUCCCGGCGCCCCAAACCGCAGCCGUGAGCCGAGAGGCCGUCGUCUCAGAGAAAGGCCAAGUCGUCUCAGUCAUCAGCUACUCCACAGCAGAACCUCCUAAAACUGACCAACCUUCGUCGUCACCGGACCGUCGCGGCGAGCCGGCCACGCAACAUCAGCAGGUGGGGACCGCCGACGAGCCCCAGGUGGCCGAGCGCGCCUACCCGGAACUCCACAAGAGGCCCAGCCCAAAGACGAGCGAGAUCCCGGCUAACCCGGCGCCGGUCGAAACCCGGCUGGCCCUGCCCCCCGCGCUCCAAAGCGUGCUGGUCAUGAACAGAAGCGAAUGUUUGGACUACCGCACCCCGGGCAAACGGAGCCUGGACAGAAUGGCGAGCCCCGCGCGCAGCACGCCGGCCCCCGGCGCCUCGGCUAAUGUGCCCGUGACGCCGCAGACUAGAAUAACCGCCGCGGCUGCUGCUCCUCCUGUUUCCAUGGCAACCGAUCGGCGAUUGGUGACACGAGACGGGGUCAUUAUGGACAGAGAGAGGCAGGCUCCGUGCGCUACCUUUGCGCACACCAGCUACAAGGAACCCCUCCUGGUCCAAGAUGGCCGAGUCCGCUCCCUGUCCUGCAGUCCGUCUCCCAACGAAGCACAAGACCUGACCAUGUCCUCCAUACUGGCUCGAGAGAGGGAGAUGGAGAGACAAAGACUGCGAAAGCUGGAGAAACAGCGGGAAAGAGGGAAAGACCCGGAGAGGGUCCAGCACACCAGUCGACACGAACACACCCCAGCGGACCACAAAGCUCUGUUAGUCCCCAAGGAGGAGCCUUUGAGUCCCGUGCCAUCCCCACAACACGUCCCCACCACCACCACCACGAAUGGACCCCAGUCGCACAGGCGCACUCCAAAGUCCCCCUGCCGCCCUGGACUCUUAGCCGCGGCCAAGCAGCAGGUCCAAGAACUGGAGCGGCUCGCGUUGUCCGGCGUGGGAGAACGUCCCUCCGCCCAGGCUCUCCUUCUCCCGCGGCCACCCAAAGCGCCUGAACCCGAGAGCCGGGACACUCCGAGCUUGCACGUGGAAGCGGCGCCGGUGUGCUAUCCCAUCCAGGAGUACCCGCUGCCCCUGAUCGUGCCGGACGCCUACCAGCCAGCCAAGAAGCAAGAAGACAACCUGCUGGUGUCCUCCUACCCCGCCGGAGCGCUCCCCUUCGGCCCUCUGGGAAAGAUGAUGGUCCCGAACGGCGCCGACUUGGCCAAGCUGCCCUUCUAUCCGGACCCCUACCAGCUCCUCUACGGGUCCCAGCUUCUGGCCUACCCGUACAACGUGGCGGCUCUUCCCGUGGCCCUCAACAUGAUGGCGCCCGGCGCGGACAAGGUGGAGCCUCUGCCCUUUCUGCCAGCCAUCUUUAACUACGCCGCCGGCGCGGGGCCCUACGUAGGUGGCACGCCGCACCCCCUGGUGGCCAACCCCAGCUUCUACGCCGCCGGCAAGAAGCAACGUGACGGCAGUGGCAAGAAACCAUAGGCCGCCGCGCCGAGUAGCAAGAAGGAUCGGACCGGGGAGGGAAGGCUUGGCCAAUGUUCCAGUGACGUAGCUUCACUUCCUCCCUCCCUCCCAACCCUCCCUCCCUCCUCCCAUCUUUGUUCCCUGCUGUUUUGCCGUAGUGUGCCGUAGUUCUAGAACUAUUAUCUCGAAUAUCCGAAUAACUAACUGCGGUCAGGGUGCAUUUUAUUUUUAUUUUAUUUUUUGCGAGAGCGAAUCGACUCAAAGCCAGUUAUAUGCACUACUUACAAAAAAGUUGGGUGGCGGCAAAAUUUCGCAUUUGAACAUCGGAUGCCGGAGUCUCACCCAAAGGCGAUUUUUGUGAGUAGUCAACCUUCGGCAGUUACGGGCAACGAGCUCGGCAGAUAUCGAGGACGGCGAACGCCGCGCCGAACGCGGCCCGACCCCGACACACGGCAUUCCUUCCUUCUCUCGUGGGCGUAUAGAAGGGAUACGCCGUCCGGAAGCGUGUACGACGAGCGCUCUGGACACGCCCGUGCGACUGACGACACUGUUGGACGUGUAUAGCAUCGUUUCAACCUUUUUUUUUUUUUGUGCACAAAAACUAGUCACGUAGUGGUCACUCCAAGGGGGGCACUUGUAGCUGCUUUGGAUAUGUAGCUGGUCACUGGGUUAACAAAUGCAGGCUGGUAAAACUAUUGCACUUCCCUUCUUCAUCUCAUUUCCCUAACACGAGAGAGGAAAUAAAAGGCCCCGCCCCCGAUCCCCCCCCACCCCUCCCCUUUUGGAGUAGAUGGACAAAAAAACGAAAUGGAUUCAGGGUAUUGAGUUAUUUCUAGGCUUGGAAAAAUGAGGUUGAGCUCAACAGCCAAAGCGAUGCCUGGACCCCCCCGCCCCGCCCCCACGUGGUUCUGUUAUCUCUUGUAUCUUCAAUGAUGUUGCUGGUUAAGCCCCGCCCCCUCCCUCUUGCUGAGGGGCGGGGUGGGGCCUGAACCUCAAAAUAUGAAUGUAAAUUUGAAUCACACGGUCAAUGAAGUACAGCUGUGUCCCGCGAGACGACGACAAACCCUUUUGAGCAUUUCUUCGACAUCUUCGAGAUCCAAUUCAAGGUCCGCACGUACACGUUCUCGCUCUUUGCCCUCACUUUGAAGAAUCCAGCACACUAUUAAAGCGACUUUUCCCAACAUUCUUUUAUUUCGUUUUCAAAAGAAUUCAUUUCUUGACCACUGAAUAGCUUUAAAGUUUGAGUUUUCAGCCCAUUUUAUUAUUUAUUUGUUUUGUUUCACACGUUGGCAAAACAUAAGACAAAGAUAAUGACGUUCAAUAAAAUUGGCUGAUUUUUGCCACGUUUUUGGCCAAUUUAUUUAUUUCUAUACAUCAAGAGAUGACGUUGAAAGCACCCCCCUCCCUAAAAAAAAUAACAUAAAACCUUUACAUUUUUUUGGAACGUCGCUAGUAGUAAAACUAGCAGUUGUCAACUAUUGCACAAUUUUACAGCGCCCCAACAUCACCCUUAAAAGCAUUUUUCUAUUUGCUGGUAUUCUUUAUCAUCACAGCGAAUGGUAGGAAUGGAAGUCAAGAUGCAAAAUAUAAAUGCAGUCAAAUAACGGCGCUCUUAUGAUCAUUGUUUUCCAAAAAUCGUGUUCUUGCACUGUACGCACUUUUAGACACUUUAGUGAGCUACUUUGAUUUCUUUCUUUUGCUUCGAAUUUUGUGAAGCGUUACGUCGUUGAGGAAAUCCGCUAUCAUCGGUGAAUCCAAUCUUUUCUUUGAAACCACCCGUCGGUACUGGGAAAGGUGGAAACAAUGUGAACAUUUUUUCCAAUCGCAUUAAGCCCCUCCCCCUUUGGAUCCCCGAGUCACGUGACUCGGACGGCGGAUUUUAAACUGGAUUUCGAGGAUGCGGACGAGAUGCUCAAACGGCUUUUUUUUUUUACGAGACACGGUUUCAGUUGGUUUUUUUUUGUUUUGUUUUGUUUCAUACACGUAAGCUAUUACAGAACAAUAUAAGAGUCUGGUAUGCGUAUAUACAAACAGUAGUGCUAGCAACACGUCAGUUCCACGAAAGCAUGAGCGCCACUUGCUUCCUAACCGUCUCUACGCUCGGCAAAUCUUGACACUGUGCGCACAGCUUUUUUUGUUGUUGUUUUUUUCUCGUUCCCGUCUCAAUCUUCCCUAUCGGUCUGGUUUGGUUCUGAGUUGGCCCGACUCCACCGGGUGUUUUUUCUUCUUUUUUUUUUUUUUCUCUUUUCAGGGGUGAGCGGUUAAGCGAUGAGGAAAAACCAAAAGUCACAAAGUCAGCAUAUCCCUCGGAUACUCGCAAUACGGGCCACCUGUUGUUAUUAUUAUUUUUUUUGUGUGUGUUACAAAGAAGAAAAAAAAAAAGAAAAGAGAAAAAGGCUGUCCGUCUCCGAGGCAAUAUUCCAAUCCAUUCCUGUAGCUGUGUUUUUGGACCAUGGUUUUCUUAUGUCACACAGACCAAAAGCAUGCCAAUGGACUCGUAUCGUAGUGACCGGACUGGAACCUGGUGGUGUUAUACAACUCGUCUACUGUACGUUUUCGUUGAAAUGAAUGUGCCUCUGCUUUGAUAUUUAAAUCAUUAUCUCCAGAUCUGCCAGAUUUCCCAUGUUUAAGGUGCCUUGUUACGGCAUAAGAAAUUAGAUUUGUAAAUGAACGUUUUUUUUUUUUUUUUUUUUCCGUUCCUUUAGAUAUCAUUUGGAGAUAGAUCUGCCGGCUUUGUCCGCUAUGAAGCUGUUCCUAGAUGUAGGGGUGUGGCUAAAUGUUUUUUUUUGGGGGGGGGGGGGUAUCAUAUAUCAUGUCUAGGGUAAUACUGUGCCAUAGAGAGCCCUCGAAAUAUGUCAGUUAUUUUUGGGGGAAAGAAAAAAAAAAACCCAGAUGUUUUUAUGUUGCCUGAGGACUUUGUCUUUAGAUUUGAUACAAAGGCUCGUAGCCUCAGCUCUCCCAAAGUCUGUAGUCUCCUUUUCCCGUAACUCUUCUUGACCCCCGUCUGCCCGCCCUCGCCCCCACCCCCCCCCUUCUGUCUCUUUGCUGCAAUCAAACAAAAUAAAGUAUUAACCUGAUGACCCAA